CCGAUCUCACGUGGCACUUCCGACCCGAAGCCCACAGACCUCCACUCAUCACUUCCCAUGGUUUUCGCUCAAAAUUUCUGCCUUUUCAAUUCGCAUCACCGUAAUCUCCGAAUACAACAUUUUCUUCUUCUCUCGCACAGGUGAUUUCUGAUUGUUUGAAAUGGCUUCUCUAAUCUCUGACACCGAGGCAUGGAAGAAUCUGAAGGCUCAUGUUGGGGACAUUAACAAGACCCAUCUGCGUGAUUUGAUGAGCGAUGCUGCCAGAUGCAAUUCCUUGAUGGUUGAGUAUGAUGGCAUAUUGUUGGAUUAUUCACGACAACGUGCCACCUUUGAAACCAUUGGAAAACUCUUCAAAUUGGCAGAGGCGGCAAAUCUCAAGGAAAAAAUUAAUCGGAUGUACAAUGGGGAACAUAUAAACAGCACAGAAAAUAGGGCAGUCCUGCAUGUUGCUCUUCGUGCUUCAAGAGAUGCAACAAUACAGAGUAACGGAAAAAAUGUUGUGCCUGAUGUUUGGAACGUUCUUGAUAAGAUUCAGGAUUUCUCUGAGAAAGUUCGCAAUGGUUCUUGGGUUGGAGCCACAGGAAAACCUCUGAAGGAUGUUGUCGCUAUUGGCAUUGGUGGCAGCUUCUUGGGGCCUCUGUUUGUGCACACUGCACUUCAAACAGAUCCAGAGGCUAUUAAGUCUGCAGAAGGACGUCAAUUGCGUUUUCUUGCUAAUGUGGAUCCCAUUGAUGUCGCGAGAAAUAUCACCGGUUUAAACCCUGAAACUACUUUGGUUGUGGUGGUUUCAAAGACUUUUACCACUGCUGAAACUAUGUUAAAUGCCCGAACACUUAGGGAAUGGAUUUCUGCGGCUCUUGGGCCUUCAGCUGUUGCAAAGCAUAUGGUAGCAGUUAGCACAAACCUCCCGCUUGUGGAGAAGUUUGGAAUUGAUCCUAAUAAUGCUUUUGCAUUCUGGGACUGGGUUGGUGGACGGUAUAGUGUUUGCAGUGCUGUAGGAGUGUUGCCUUUGUCCCUUCAAUAUGGCUUCGCAGUUGUUGAGAAAUUCUUGAAGGGAGCUUCAAGCAUUGACCAGCAUUUCUACUCCUCUCCUUUUGAGAAAAACAUUCCAGUGCUUUUGGGAUUGUUGAGUGUAUGGAACGUUUCUUUUCUUGGGCAUGCUGCGAGAGCCAUCUUACCUUAUUCCCAGGCUUUGGAGAAGUUUGCUCCACACAUUCAACAGGUUAGCAUGGAGAGUAAUGGCAAGGGCGUUUCAAUUGAUGGGGUUCCACUCCCUUUUGAGGCUGGAGAAAUAGACUUUGGGGAACCUGGAACCAACGGCCAACACAGUUUUUACCAAUUAAUUCACCAAGGACGUGUUAUUCCUUGUGAUUUUAUUGGUGUUGUAAAGAGCCAGCAACCCGUUUACUUAAAAGGUGAGGUUGUGAGUAAUCAUGAUGAACUCAUGUCUAACUUCUUUGCACAGCCAGAUGCCUUAGCCUAUGGGAAGACACCAGAGCAAUUGCACAAGGAGAAUGUUCCAGAGCAUCUUAUUUCCCACAAGACAUUUUCUGGCAAUCGGCCUUCUCUCAGUAUUCUUCUUCCAUCAUUAAAUGCUUACAACAUUGGUCAGUUGUUAGCAAUUUAUGAACAUAGAAUUGCUGUAGAAGGUUUUGUUUGGGGCAUCAAUUCUUUUGACCAGUGGGGUGUUGAACUGGGCAAGUCACUUGCAACCCAGGUUCGAAAACAACUCAAUGCAUCUAGAACAAAGGGAGAACCAAUUGAAGGCUUUAACCACAGUACAACAACAUUGUUGAAAAGAUAUCUAGGGGCAAGUUCGGAUGUCCCAGCUGAUCUUCCUACUCUUCUACCCAGAAUUUAACUAUUGCUGAUGGCCAAGAAUUUUGAUAUCAAAUAACAUAAACCAUCUCAUAUAUUUUCCUCCCCUCUUGCUCUUUUUUUAACUACUUUAAUUGUGUAUUUUUAUGCUGAGUGGCUUAUCUUUAAAUUAUGCCCCAACUUCUAAUAAGCAAAAUUUUUCUACAUUAUGCAAUAUGUACUAUUCCAGAGCCCACCAUGAUGGGGAACAGUUGAAUCUGCAGCCAGGCUUUCAAAUGAAAUAAAUUGUCGAACAUUUGAUUGCUUCA